AUGCCUACGAUGGACUUUCUGAAUACAAUGUCGUUAACCGAUGCGGCAUUCUGCCUUGUGCUGGGGAUUGCUGGCUAUACUGUCACCCUCGUCGUCUAUCGCCUCUGGCUAAGUCCGCUCAGUGGCUUUCCAGGCUCGCCUUUGGCCAAAACAACGUUCCUGUACGAAUUCUACUAUGACUGGAUUAAGCCAGGGCUAUACUGUAAGAAGAUUCAUGAAAUGCACCAAAAAUACGGCCCUGUUAUUCAGGUGACGCCAGAAGAACUCCACGUUGAUGACCCCGCGUACUUUGCAAAAUUGUUCGUCUCUGGAGGCGUCAGGAAGUCUGAUGCUUACCCUGGAUUUACAAGGGGUACUGGUUUUGAAGACUAUACGGACAUGAUUCGAACACACGAUAUUCACCGGUUCAUACGUGCUCCUGCUCAGCAGUUCUUCUCUAGAUCCAGCUUGAAGCAGGUUGAAGGGAGGCUGGUUGGAUGUAUCAAGACGCUUUGCCAGCGGCUGGAAGAGUAUAAAGAUACAGGAAAGCCAGUCAACAUGUCAAAUGCUCUUUAUUCACUUUCCACGGACGCUGUGUCGGCGGCUAUUUGCGAGAAACCCACCAACUAUCUUGCCGAUCUAGAUUUUAACGCAACAUGGUUCAAGAUCCAGAAGAAGGGCAUGGCAAAUGUUCCCUUAUUUGGUAUCUUUCCAUGGCCAGCAAGGGGACUGAUUAUGCAACUGGUAUUAUACGUCUCUUCCUUUUUACCAGUCGUGAAGGCGUACCAACCACCCCGCCAGGAGGAUAUCAAAGCAGAGUUGCGAACACCCAAUCUGGUGAGCGAUGCAUUUGGAGGCACGCAGCGCGCGGAGGCGCCCAAGGAGCAAUUCGGAAGGGAUAUCUAUGAUCGUGCGGGACAGCUCCUCCAACAGUCCGGUAUUUAUCAGCUCUCGCAUACGGUGCAAGCCAUCAUCACCCACCUUGCGUUAGACGACAAUGCGUGCCAGAUGCUAAAGAGUGAGAUCGCCGCAUUUUUGGAGCGGAAGCCGGAAUCUGCUAUAUGCUGGCAGGAUCUAGAAAAACUCCCGUACCUGGAUGCGUGUGUGAGGGAGGGCUUGCGUAUGGUGACAGGCGCGCUGAAACGCUCCACUCGUGUGUUCCCAGACACUGCCAUUCAUGUAGACGGCCUCAUGAUUCCGAAAGGGACUCCAGUUGCAAUGACUUCCUACUGGAUGCACAUGGACAGCAAAGUCUUUCCGGACCCGGACAAGUUCGAGCCGCAGCGCUGGCUUGACGAGCAUAAUGAGGCAAUGGCUGAGUAUUUCGUUCCGUUUGGGAGGGGAUCCAGGGAUUGUUUGGGGAGAAAGUAA